UAAAUAGGAAAAUAAUUAAACUUGAGAAGAAGGUAUGGAAUGUGUUAAAGAGUCUUGCAGUGGCUCCACUUGGAUCUCUCUCUCUUACUUACUUACUCCAUUAUCUUCCUCCUCUCAUUAAAAUCGGAACACAAAUGGAGAGCUCUACAUCUUUGGCCAUCGUUCUUCAUCAGUCUUCCAAUCAUGAUGAACUCUUCAUGCAGCAGACUCUUCAAUUCUCACAAACUCUCAAGGAUUUAAAGAACUUGCGGAAACAGUUAUACUCAGCUGCUGAGUACUUCGAAACAUCUUAUGGCAAAGAAGAACACAAAGAAACGGUGAUAGAGACGUUGAAAGAGUAUGCAGCCAAAGCAGUAGUGAACACAGUGGAUCAUCUUGGUUCUGUCUCUGAUAAAUUCAACUCUUUUCUCUCUGAUGAUUCAGCCCAUUUCUCCACUACUCAUCUUCGUUUAUCUUCUCUAGAACAAAGGAUGAAAUUAUGCAGAGAGUACAUGGGGAAGAGUGGGACUUCUCAGCAUUUCUUUCUCAUUCAAUCUCCUCCUCGCCAUCAUAAGCGUUACUUCUUCCCUCAACAUGGAAGAGGUGAACGUGGAAGAGGCACAAGUUUCUCUGCAGGAGAUGACUCGCAUAGGUUCAAGAAUGCUGUUCGAUCAACAAUACUAGAAAACCACCCAAUUACUACUGCAAGAAAAGCUUAUAAGACAGGAAGCUUCUCCUUCUUACACAACAACAACAUCAGCAACAACAGAACACCAAACAGUGAAAGAGGAAACUCUCCAAAGAGAUUUCCUCUCUUACGUUCAGGAUCUCAACUGAAACACUCAAGCUCUCCAGGCCAGCCAAGAAUACUGGCGUUGUUACCGGAACCAGAAAGAGCAAUAUCUUUGUCGACAAGUAGAGAGAUAGUGGAGAUAAAGCAAAAAUCUUCAUUGAGAAAGGGUAAGAAGAGUCUGAUGCUCAAGGCACUGAUGAGUAUGAGCAGCAAGUCCAGAAACUAAAUCCAUCGCUUUGUAUUUUACAUUUUAUAAUGUUCAUUCUUAAGAUUGUACAAAAACAUGUGAAUUAAGGAGAGAGUAAUAAUUGGUUAUCCUUAGUCUUCUUUA